CAGUGGAGGACGGUCCACUUAAAUGCAGUUCCAGGCUUGCAAGGCACCCAGGAGCUUCACUCCCCGUGUGAGCAGGCAAAUGCAACAUGCUCUCCAGCCUGGGGUGUCUGCUUCUCUGUGGAAGUAUUGCCCUUGCCCUGGGAAAUGCACAGAAAUUGCCCAAAGGUAAGAGACCAAACCUGAAAGUGCACAUCAACACCACCAGCGACUCCAUCCUCUUGAAGUUCCUGCGUCCAAAUCCAAAUGUAAAGCUGGAAGGCUUUCUCCUGGGAUAUGGCAGCAAUGUGUCCCCAAACCAAUACUUCCCUCUUCCCACAGAAGGGAAAGUCACCGAGGCUGUAGUAGAUGCAGAGCCGAAGUAUCUGAUAGUCGUGCGACCCGCUCCUCCUCCCAGCCAGAAGAAGUCAUGUUCAGGCAAAUCUCGCUCUCGAAAACCUCUCCAGCUCGUGGUUGGUACAUUGUCGCCAAGCUCAGUCUUCCUGUCCUGGGGUUUCCUCAUCAAUCCGCACCACGACUGGACGUUGCCAAGUCACUGUCCCAAUGACAGAUUUUAUACAAUUCGAUAUAGAGAAAAAGAUAAAGAAAAGAAAUGGAUUUUUCAACUCUGUCCAGCUACUGAAACAAUUGUGGACAAUCUCAAGCCCAACACGGUUUAUGAAUUUGGUGUGAAAGACAACAUGGACGGUGGAAUUUGGAGCAAGGUUUUCAACCAUAAGACUGUUGUUGGAAGUAAAAAUAAAGUAAAUGGGAAAAUCCAAAGCACUUAUGACCAGGUCCACACAGUGCCAGCAUAUGUCCCAAGGAAGCUAAUCCCAAUAACAAUCAUCAAGCAAGUGAUUCAGAAUGUUACCCACAGGGCUUCAACUAAAGCCCCAGACAAGACUCCUUUUGGAGGAACAAUACUAGUUCAUCUUAUUAUUCCGGGACUUAAUGAUUCCAUGGUAAAACUUCCCACAUCCAUAAUGCUUGAGAUUUCGGAUGCUCUCAAGGCACAAUUAGCUAAGAAUGAAACAUUGGCAUUACCAGCAGAAUCUAAAACACCAGAGGCUGAAAAAGUUGCACCCCAGCCAGCAACAGUGACUCCAGAAACAGUUUCAAGAAGCAUUAAACCCAUGGCGUCUAGUGCAAUAGAUACCUCAGAGCCAGCACUGGCCCUCAAUGAGAAGACCCCAGAAACAGCCCGUUCUGUUCUAAUGCCUGAGUUUGAAUUGCCUUUGAGCACUCUAGCUCCAAAAAGGUUUCCAGAGCUUCCCGAGGCAGAAGCAGCCUUCCCUUUGGAGAAACCAGGGGGUACCUUGGUUUCACGUGACGAUCAGUGGGUGGCACCUGGAGUUAAAACAUCUGGAGAUUCUAAAUUUGUACAGCCUCCAACUGCAACUCAUGAUGUUAUCUCAAGCUCAACAACUUCAGAUGAGACUGAAAUAGAGCCCCGUGCAGCAACAAGUGAUCCUAUCCUGGACUCUGUCCCACCUAAAACUUCUAGAACUCCUGAACAGCCAAGGGCAACACUGGCUCCAAGUGAAGCAUCAUUUGACCCUCACAAGGUGGAAAUCUUCACCAGUCCUGAAAUGCAGCCUACAACCGCUGCUCCCCAGCAAACUACGUCUAUCCCCACCACACCUAAACGACGCUUCAGACCUAAGCCACCGCCAGUAAUCAAACCUGCCCCAGAACCUGAGACUCUACCAUCGUCACAGUCAACAAAGGCUCCACAAAAGACCAAACAACCAGGCCGCCGCCGCCCCCGUCCUAAAACCACACGUAGUCCAGAAGUACCUGAGUCCAAACCCGCUCAGGAACCUGCCACUGUACCGCUGGUACCCACAAUUGUUCCCAAACUGUCCCAGAGACCCAAAGCAACACGCAGGCCAGAAGUACCCCAAAUCCAGCCUGAUUUAAAACCACCAAAGCAAUUGCUUCCUAAGCCCAAAGCCACACCUGACAUGCCACCAACUAAAUUCGCCUAUGAGCAACCUGCUACCCUUGGAACUGAAGGCCCUGCCCUAGCCAUAGUUACUACCACAGACACUGAACCUGUAAUUACGAGAACCAAGGCUCCAGUGACAACAUUAGCCCCCAAAACACCACGACCAAGAACUCGCCGUCCACGUCCUCCUAUUCAUAAAGCCACCCCACGCCCAAAGAUACCUCAGCCUAAACCAGCAGACUUGGGACCUAUCACUCCUGAGCCAUCUUUAGCUUCAACAACAACAAAAAAAGCCCGCCGCCCACGUCCCAAACAUAAAACCACACCCCAUCCAGAAGUACCUCAGACUAUAUUGGCUCCCAGGCAGACACCCGGUACUCCUCCCAAGCUCAAAACAACACCACGCCCCCCAAGAAUCCCACCACAACCGCCAGUUCCUAAGGGGUCCCAGCGUACUACUUCAAAACCAAAAACGCCACCAAGUCCUCAAGGGGCAGACACUACAUCUGUUCCAAAGGAUGAACAACUUUCCCAUGAAACAGACCCUGAGGUCUCUCACACUGAAACUGCACCUUUAGAGACACGGAACAUUCCUUUCAUACCUGUGAUUUCACCACGACCUAGUCAAGAAGAACUACAAACCACCCUGGAAGAAACAGACCGGUCUACCCAGGAGCUCUUCACAACUAAGAUUCCACGAACAACCACCGAAUGGGCAAAGACAACUCAGGCACCACACAGAUUGCACACGACUCCUGUGAGGCCCAGAAUACCAGACAGACCACAUGCCAGGCCUGUUCUGAACAAAACAACCACAAGACCUGGUAAAACCAAACCCAAAGGAAAUGGAGUGGGAACAGGAACAAAGCAAGCACCUAAGCCACCAAGUACUGGGAGAAAUGUGUCAGUGGACCCACAUGCCACAAAAAAGCCAGCCACAAUUCCAGGAACCCGUCGCCCACCCAUGCCCCCUAGACCUCUAUCUCCCCAGAGAAAACCUUUACCACCGAACAACGUCACCGGAAAGCCAGGAAGUGCAGGAAUCAUUUCCUCGAGCCGAGUGACUUCCCCACCCCUGAAGGCAACACUCAAACCUACUGGAACAGCUGCAGAGAGGCCAGAGGCAGAAAAAAAGCACCCGACCACUCCUGCUUCCGAAGAAGAAAUUGGUAAUACGACUGAUUUUAGUUCAAGCCCAACAAAAGAAACUGAUCAUCUUGGGAAGCCCAGAUUCACAGGCCCCCAUGUGCGAUAUAUCCCGAAGCCUGACAACAGGCCCUGUUCCAUCACGGACUCCGUCAGACGGUUCCCUACAGAGGAAGCCACAGAGGGGAAUGCCACCAGCCCACCACAGAACCCACCCACCAACCUCACUGUGGUCACUGUGGAAGGCUGUCCUUCAUUUGUCAUCUUGGACUGGGAAAAGCCACUAAAUGACACGGUCACUGAAUAUGAAGUCAUAUCCAGAGAAAAUGGGUCAUUCAGUGGGAAGAACAAGUCCAUUCAAAUCACAAAUCAGACCUUUUCUACAGUAGAAAAUCUGAAACCAGAUACAAGCUAUGAAUUCCAGGUGAAACCCAAAAAUCCACUUGGUGAAGGCCCCGCCAGCAACACGGUGGCAUUCAGUACUGAAUCAGCUGACCCAAGAGUGAGUGAGCCAAUUUCUGCAGGAAGAGACGCCAUCUGGACUGAAAGACCCUUUAAUUCAGACUCCUAUUCAGAAUGUAAAGGCAAACAAUAUGUUAAAAGGACAUGGUAUAAAAAAUUUGUUGGAGUACAGCUAUGCAACUCUCUCAGAUACAAGAUUUACUUAAGUGACUCCCUCACAGGCAAAUUUUACAACAUAGGAGAUCAGAGGGGCCAUGGAGAAGAUCACUGCCAAUUUGUGGAUUCAUUUUUAGAUGGUCGCACAGGACAGCAACUCACCUCUGACCAGUUACCCACCAAAGAAGGCUAUUUCAGAGCCGUUCGUCAGGAACCUGUCCAAUUUGGAGAGAUAGGUGGUCAUACCCAAAUCAAUUAUGUCCAGUGGUAUGAGUGUGGCACCACAAUACCUGGAAAAUGGUAGACGCAGCAAAGUACUUCUGGUUCAUUAUCACAAAAAGGAAAGCAAACAGGAAGGAACCCGCCGGAUAUACUGUGGUAUCUGUCACACCCAUUCAAAGCUGUUUUGUUUACUAUGGAUCAAAGUUUGCAGUCUAACUGAGAGCAGUACUAGAGGUUUAUUAUUAGAAAAGAUUACUGAGAAUAUUUAUCAGGUUUUACAAAGUCAUUUUAAGAAAGCAAGAUAUUAACAUUAAUAGAAUAACAUUUUUAGGGAAGCUGGCUCCCUAUUCAUGAUAUUUUAAGAGAUCAUUUGUAUAUUAUUUAUCACACUGUUGUAAUGUUUUCAGAUACUUUUAUAACAAAAUUAAUGUCAAAAUCUUUAAUAUGCUUUAUAAAAAGUAUUUACUUUAUUGAUGUGUACGUGUUGUUGGUGAGUUAAAUCCAUAAAUCUCUACUUGGUUUAACUUAUUGGAUCAAAUAAUCUUCAGCAUAUACAUGUGAGAAAAAGUGGUUCUAAUAUUUACAUUUAUGUAAACUUCAAUUUUUUAGCAUCAGAUGAACAGAUUUUGGGUUUAAAUAGUUAUAUAUUCAUGCUAACUUUUCUGUAAGCUACCAGCAAAUUACUAAAAAGAAAAAUCUGAAUCUGUAUCAUUUUAUUUCAGCCAGAAGCAGCUGAUAACCUGAUAUGUCAAAUGAUAAAUUUUGGUGGUUUUUUUUUUCUGUACCCAUAAUAUAUAUCUAAAAAUACUUUCUCAAACUCUUCCUUUAAGCAUUUCUUUUAAACGGCUCUAUGGUUCUAAUUCAAGCUGUAUGUAGAGACUGAGUGUGAAGUCAGCAUGAAAAGAUAUUGCAUGGUGAGAUGCUAUUGUUUUAUAGGAUAUAUUAUAUAUUUAUAUGUUAAGGCCAUGAAUGAAUGUAUCACGGGUUGUUUUUGUGAAACUGUUUGCUCAAGCUGUAACAAAACUGACUCAUUUUCAUGGGGAAAAAAAAAAGGUAUUGCUUUCCUUCAUAUGGGGGAGGGAGCAAGAAUAUUAUUGCCUGUCCUGAAAAGAUGUUUCUGUGUGUAUCUUUCAAUAUGCUUCAGUUUCAUCAAUGCUACAUUUUGUAUUUUUCAAGCAAAUAUAAACUCUGCAAUAAAAAGAUGUAGGUUUUUAAAAAAUGAUUUUUAAAAUGUUCUUAAUAGUUCGCCAAUAUGUAUGUACACCUUUAUCUCUGUAAGGAAAAUCAGAAAAUUAAGGGCUACCAAACCUGUAUUGAUUGACUUAGAAUGUAAACACAAGUUUGUUAUAUACAUUUCUUUCCCUGAAUGGAAAUCAAUUUCAUAAAUUUUACUUGAAGACCAUAUACCAAUAAGAUGACUGUUUUCCUUGUCUGAAAUAAUUAAAAGACAAGACCACUAUUGGAUUCAAUCACCUUUAUUAGCCUAUCAAUGUUACACUUUAUACAUAAUGUUGUCUAGUCAUCUUCUCAAAGGACUCUAUUUUUAGUACAUCAUGUUAAUAGUAAAUAGCCAAGUGUGAUGGCUAAACCUUAGCCUAGCUUUUUAAGAUCCUCUGGGAACUAGAAAGCCAAUCAUUUUACACGCAUGAGUAGUGUUCCAAAAUAACUAGGAAGCUGCUACAAUUUUAAGCAGGGGCAGAAACAAUAUUCAUUUUGGUCUUUUUGUGUUUAUAUUCCAGCAAAUUAUAUUUUCAAUUAACAGCAACAAUGAUAUCAUAAAAAAUGCUCUGCUUUUUAAAUUUUUGAACUUCAAUACAGUACAAAUUGAAACAAAAUAGUAUUGUAGUCUUUUGGGGGUAACUAGCCAUCAUUAGUGAGGCUGAACCUCCUUACCGAUAACCUGGUCCAGGUUGGGUAUAGCCCUGACCAAAAGGAGGACGGUUACGUGCAUAAGGGUUAGGCCCACUGGAAGGAGGGGUCAUGGUACUUGCAGGAGAUGGCGUAAAACCUGGUCUUGCUUGGUAAGCACCAGGUUGGCUUGGAGCUAUUCCAGGCUGAGCGCCAGGGGGAACAGUGUAAUUAGCAGGUUGAGAUGUCUGGGUAGUGUAAGUUUGUGGAGGGUAAGUGCUCGCCUGGUACUGCUGUGGUGGUUGAGCAGGCAGUUGUUGUGGCUGAGCAGAAAAGGCAGUGGCCGGUGCCUGGGAAGUUGGUUGUUGGCCAUAUCCCUGGAACUGUUGAGGUUGUUGGGGUCCAGUCUGCUGGCUGUAACUAGCUGAAAAAGCAA